AUGAAAGGUAGAACAACUGAUGCACAAAAUAUUCUGGAGAAGAUAGCUCAGGUCAACCAAUCUAAAAUCCCUCCUGGGAUGCUUGUCUGUGAUAGUACGGUUCUACUGGAAGAAAAAUCUGUCCCAGCGGAAUCUAUUCCUCUGCUAUCUUCAACUUGGAAAAAGGAUUUGAAUUUUAGAUCCGCCUUCUCACCAUUUGUUAAGCUUUUCUCAUCGAAACUAAUUCGAAUUACAAUUCUUGUGUGGGAGUUAUCCUUUGGACAUAUGUUCUCAUAUUAUGGUAUCAUAUUGCUGACUUCAGAGCUAAGUAGUGGGCAAAGCAAAUGUGGCUCAACUAUCUUGCAAUCAGAAAAUCUCCAGGAUAACAGGCUCUAUGUAAAUGUAUUUAUUACUAAUUUGGCAGAGCUUCCUUCGCUCCUAUUGUCAGCAAUUACUGUGGAUAGAAUCGGCCGCAAGCUUUCGAUAGCAUUCAUGUUUGUCUUAGCUUGUAUUUUCCUUUUACCUCUGGUUUACCAUCAGUCUGCAACGUUAACAACAGCAUUGCUGUUUGGAGCUCGCAUGUUUAGCAAAGGAACUCACACGGUUGCUUCAAUAUAUGCCUCAGAGAUAUAUCCAACGGCUGUGAGGGCAUCUGGUGCUGGAGCUGCAAGUGCUGCUGGGAGGGUUGGUGGCAUGAUAUGUCCUCUUGUGGCGGUUGGACUGGUGACCGGCUGCCAUCUAACAGAAGCUAUCAUUCUGUUUGAGGUUGUGAUGGCUAUUUCAGCAAUGCAUGGCCAAAACCCAGUAUACACUAUAGAUGAGGCACUUGCUUCUGUGGGCUUUGGAAAAUUCCAAGCACUGCUGCUUGCUUAUGCCGGACUUGGUUGGUUUGCAGAAGCCAUGGAAAUUAUGAUUCUCUCUUUCGUGGGACCGACGGUUAAGUCCGAGUGGAAUCUCUCCCCAGGCCAAGAGAGUCUGCUAACAACUGCUGUUUUUUCCGGCAUGCUUGUUGAAGCCUAUUCUUGA